AUGUCUCAGCUGGCCUGUGCCUCCAUAGCAGCUGCGGGGAACCCAGUGCCCGACAGCAAGGGGAAGGGGGCCCCGCUGGCCCCAGCAUCCGUGCCCAUGCCCACCGUCAAAGUGGGGCCCCUGGCCCCUGGGAGCUACCAGCUGGGGGUCUUUGAGCAGGAGAACUUCCAGGGUCACUGGGUGGAAUUCUCCGGGCAGUGCUUGAACCUGGGAGACCGCGGCUUCGACCGAGUGAGCAGCCUCAUCGUCACCUCUGGACCCUGGGUCGCCUUUGCAUCUGACUUCCAAGGGGAGAUGUUCAUCCUGGAGAAGGGCCAGUACCCGCGCUGGGACACCCGGUCCACCAGCUACCGCAGCGAUCGGCUCAUGUCCUUCCAACCCGUCAGGAUGGACUCCCAGGAGCACAAGAUCGGCCUGUUGGAAGGAGCCAACUUCAAGGGCAACACCGUGGAGAUCCAGGAGGACAACGUGCCCCGUCUCUGGGUCCAUGGCUUCCGUGGCCGCGUGGGCAGUGCGAGGGUGUCCAGUGGAACCUGGGUAGGGUAUCAGUACCCAGGCUACCGCGGGGACCAGUACCUCCUGGAGCCUGGUGACUUCUGGCACUGGAAUGAAUGGGGAGCCUUCCAGCCUUAGAUGCAGGCCGUGCGCUGCCUUCGGGACAGGCAGUGGCAUCGCGAGGGCUGCUUCGCUAAUCUGGCGGUGGAGCUCCCCAAGUGA